AUGAAUGUAACGCCUGCUGGCUGUCUGGACGCCACGCCUUCUGCAUACCAACCCCGCCUUAAAGGGCCCUACAUCGCUGCCGAGCUCCUCAUCGCCCUGCUGGCCAUCACGGGCAACGUCCUGGUCUGCCUGGCUGUGACCAGGAACAGGAGGCUUCGCACCGUCACCAACUACUUCCUGGUGUCACUGGCAGUAGCAGACAUCCUGGUGGGCUUGCUGGCCAUCCCCUGUGCAGUGCUGACAGACCUGGGGCAGCCCCGCCACAACCUGCCGCUGUGCCUCGUGCUGCUCAGCAUCCUGAUGGUGCUCACACAGAGCUCCAUCCUGAGCCUGCUGGCGGUGGCGGCGGAGCGCUACGUGGCGAUCCUGCUGCCCUUCCAGUACCAGCGCAUCAUGAGCCCCAGGAACGCCCGGCUGGCCCUGCUGGUCACCUGGAGCCUGGCUGCCAUCUCCGGCACUGUGCCGCUCAUGGACUGGCACAAACAACCAGGAGACUCUGAGUACUGCAUCUUCACCUGCGUGGUGGAUAUGACCUACAUGGUCUACUUCAACUUCUUCUGCUGCCUCCUGGUGCCGCUGGUGGCCAUGUUCAUCAUCUACGCCCACAUCUUCCUCACCGUCCGCCGCCAGCUCAGACGCAUCGCCGUGGCCACAAGAACUGCAGCCGGGGCCGGGCUGCAGGACGGGCCCGCUACCGGGAGUGGGAGCACCGGGAUAGGGUCCGGGACGGAGGUCACCGUGGUCCAGGGCUCAGAUGGUGAUGGCGCUGGAGGAGAUGAGACUGACAUGGGGACGGAGACAGGAAGUGGUGGAGACGCCAAAGAGGGAACAUCGAAGACUGAAGUUUUCCAUGAGGUGGGUGCAUCUGAGAGUGGAUUAGGAACUCCGGGUGAGGCUUCAAAUGGGACUGGGGAAGUGGUUGGGUGUGCUUCUCAAACUGUGCCCACCACUAUUUUUACAAAGCCAGGCUUCAGGAUUGGACCAACUGGCUCUGGUAGCUCCACUUCGAGCUCGGGGUCGGUUGGAGGGUCCGAUGACGGCAAACCCGGCGCACGCACCCGCCAGGAGAUCCGCAAGGCCACCUCUCUCUUCCUGGUCCUGUUUCUCUUCAUGGUGUGCUGGAUGCCCAUCCACUGCAUCAACUGCGUCCUGCUGCUCUGCCCACAAUGCCCGGUGCCCAUGUCGGUCACCCUGGUGGCCAUUUUGCUCUCCCAUGCCAAUUCGGCCCUCAACCCAAUCCUGUACGCCUACAGGAUGAGGUCUUUCAGGCGCACUCUGACAGGGAUGUGGCAGUGGAUCUUCACAACAAAACACCAGUAG